CUGUGGCAUGCGAGGUGUUAGAAAAGUCCGCGACUUCUGUUUACACUGUAAAAAGUGAGUAGAAGAUGCAGUUCUCCGGUGUGUCAGUGCCAGAUUCGUUCCAACCGGUGAGAGUGACUGUCCCGUGGUCCAUGAUAAUUACGUAGGAAGCUGUUACUGGCAGCACCUUGUGAAGGCUUGCAAGAAGAGGGUGAAACGGGAGAAUCUCUCCCGGUUCAGCGUAUCCACUUGAAAGUGAAGCAGCAGCUACAGUAUGGUUGCGCUGACGAAGGAACGCUACCUCUCAUUGGGCUUCGUGUUUCUUGUUUAUUGCACAACUUGCACGAAAUCUAAAGGAGCCACAGGUGACAUCCUGCUAGACUCCCUACCAUCAGUCCCAGGUACCCUGCCUCACUUCCUGAAGGAACCAGAAGAUUCCUACAUCAUCAAAAGCAACCCAAUCAAGCUGCUGUGUCGGGCUGUGCCUGCCUUGCAGAUCUUCUUCAAGUGCAAUGGAGAAUGGGUGCACCAGAAUGAACAUGUGUCCCGGGAGUACAUGGAUCAGAACACUGGUCUGAAGGUGCGUGAGGUGCUGAUCAACGUGUCCCGUCAGCAGGUGGAGGACUUCCACGGCCCAGAGGACUACUGGUGUCUGUGUGUGGCCUGGAGCCACCUGGGCACCUCCAAGAGCCGCAAGGCCACGGUACACAUCGCAUACCUGAGGAAGAACUUUGAGCAGGACCCCCAGGGGAAGGAAGUGCCAAUCAAAGGGAUGAUCGUGCUGCAUUGCCGCCCCCCAGAGGGAGUGCCCACGGCAGAGGUGGAGUGGUUGAAGAACGAAGAGCUAGUGAGCUCCCUGACGGAUGACAACAUUGACACCCGAGCUGACCACAAUCUCAUCAUUAACGAGGCACGACUGUCCGACUCGGGAAACUACACGUGCCUGGCCAGCAACAUUGUGGCCAAGAGACGGAGUGCCACAGCCACUGUGGUUGUUUUUGUGAACGGUGGAUGGUCGCUGUGGACAGAGUGGUCUCCUUGUAACGUGCCCUGUGGUCGGGGUGUCCAGAAACGCUCCCGUACCUGUACCAACCCUGCCCCGCUCAACGGAGGAGCUUUCUGCCAGGGCAUGUCUGUGCAGAAGAUCACCUGUAAUGCGCUCUGUCCAAUUGACGGUGGCUGGGAAAAGUGGAGUGAGUGGACGGCGUGCAGUGUGCAGUGUGAAAGACAGCGUAGAAGGGAGUGCAAUAACCCACCGCCCAGGCACAGGGGCAUUAUGUGUGAGGGGCCCAGCAAUGCCACCGAGAACUGCACUGGAGGAAUGUGUACCCAGAAUGGAAAGCUGCUGCAUGAUGUUAAACCUCAAAGUAUGGACGGCUCCAACGACGUGGCUCUCUACUCUGGGCUGGGGUCGGGAGUCAUAGUUGUGGCUGUCCUUGUGGUGGCCGUCAUGCUGUACAGGAGGAGCCAGAGUAACUACGGCGUUGACGUCAUCGACUCAUCCGCGCUCACCGGGGGCUUCCAGUCUUUCACCUUCAAGACCACCAGACAAGGGAGCCCACUGCUUCUCAACUCCUCUCUGCAGCCAGAACUGACAGUGGGCCGGACUUAUAGCAGCCCCAUCUGCUUCAAGGACUCCAUAGACAAUAAAGAGCUCUUUGACCCCCUACCAGACAACAAGGUCAAAGUUCAGAGCUCCUUUAUGGUUUCACUAGGUGUGGCCGACCGCGCUGAGUACCACGCUCCCAAAGGCCAUCCGCCCGAGACCUUCCCCAGGGGGCUGAACCGAGACUACAGCAACAGCACUGUGGAGAGACGGAGUACCAAGAAGGGCCUGCUCACCCCCAACGGGCCCCCCCUCACCCCCACUAAAGAUCAGAUGAGAACCACGGGCGUGUUUGGGCAUCUGGGCGGCCGGUUGGUGGUGCCAAAUACUGGAGUCAGCCUGCUGGUUCCCCAUGGUGCGAUCACUGAGGACACUUCAUGGGAGAUGUGCAUGGUGAUAAAUCAGGGAGAGUCCAGUUUCCAGACGGAGGAAGGCUGUGAGAUCCUACUAGGACCAGAGGUCACCUAUGGUCCUCGAGGCCUAGACCUCUCCAGUCCUGUUGCUAUGACGAUAGCUCACUGUGCAGAGGUUGACACUGAGAACUGGAACAUCCAACUGAAGAGGAAAACACAGGACAACAGUUGGGAGGAAGUGAUGUCAGUAGAGGAUGAGUCAACAUUCUGUUACUGCCUGAUGGACUCCAGUAGCUGCCACCUGCUGCUGGACCAGCCUGGCUCCUACGCCCUGGUUGGAGAACCACUCACUCAGGCAGCCGUGAAGAGGCUGAAGCUAGCAGUGUUUGGCAGCAUGGGGGCCACACCCAUGCACUACAGCCUCCGAGUGUACUGUGUGGACGACACGCCAUACGCCUUUCAGGGAGUGGUGGCCACAGAGACCAGUAGAGGAGGACAGCUCCUGGAGGAACCUAAGAUGCUGCCUUUCAGAGGGAACACCUUCAGCCUCCAGGUCUACAUCCAGGAUGUCCCACAAUUUCUAUGGAGCAUCAAACCCUUUACUACGUGUCAGGAAUUCUCCUUUUCCCAAGUGUGGUGCAGCAAUCAGAAGCCCCUGCACUGUGCCUUCUCCCUGGAGAGAAACAGCCCCACCACCACCCAGCUCUCCUGCAAGAUCAGCGUGCGCCAGGUCAAAGGUCAUGAGCAGAUUCUGCAGGUCUAUACGUCCGUGGCGGAGAGCAAGAAGGAGUCAGUCCCAUUUUUUACCCAGAUGGACUGCACCGUCACCUCACAGGCAGGGCCCAAAGCCUUCAAAAUCCCCCUCUCCAUCCGCCAGAGGAUAUGUGCCACCUUUGACACUGCCAAUGCCAAGGGCAAGGACUGGCAGCUCUUAGCCCAGAAACUCCAUCUAGAUAGAAACCUGUCAUAUUUUCUUAAGCAACAGAGCCCCUCUGCGGUCAUACUGAGCCUGUGGGAGGCACGACACCAAGACACUGGUGACCUGGACUCUCUGGCAAGCGCUCUGGAGGAAAUUGGCAAGAUCCACUCCAAAAGCACUGCAGCAAAGAGCCAGGAGAACCCUGAAUCAGACUUAGUACAUCAUUUAGGAACAGGAAGCCCAGGCAACCCAGUGUGUGGAAUGGGUGAACUCACCCAAUCAUGAGACUGCUAACUCAGUCCCAGAGUAUACUGGCUGAUUUAUGAGAGGAAUUCUUCUUCUACAUAGAUCCCAACAACAGAAGCGUAAUGCAUAAGAUGGAGAUUGUUGUUCACAGUGCAAAACAACAUGACUGACAACAAUGACCACUGAAAAAAUAUAAAAUCUGUCAUUGCUGUGUGCAUACUGUAUCCACCCUUUUCUGAGGAUGUACUGUAAAUCUGUUUUGCAUUUCUGUGUUCCAUUCCCUCCAUUAUUUUGCUCUUAGUCAAUCCAUUCUUAAGUCAGGCUGCCCCUCAAAUGAGUUUCUGUUGCCCUUGUUUUCUUAUUCUGUUGUUGGGACCAACCAAUGCUCUUCAGAGAGUGGAACAGCUCUUCACCAUCCCGAGAGGUUGAAACUAUCCUCAGUGCCCAAAUGGAAGCCCCUUUCCGAUGUAGUGCAGUACUUCUGGCCAGAGCCCUAUGGACGCUGGUGAAAAGUAGUGCACUAAAUAGGUAAUAGGGUCCGCUAUUUGGGAAGGAACCAAUAUCACACCCAUUUACCGUAAGACAUCUGUAUGGCAUUCAUUCCUAUUUGAAUACUAGGUUAUCAAUUCCAAAUAAUGUAUCAAAUGGGAGAAACCACUCUGAAAACAUGUGAAAGGUAUAGAUGAGAAUAACAUGAGUUUUACUGUAAUGGCAAAACCCCUGACGAUGAUGAAAAUAUCUUUGUGUCAGGCUAUUGUGUGUGUGUAUGUGUUUGUGUGUGUGCGCACGAGUUGUGGUUUGGCCACCCAGAGGGAGAAGGAGAAAUCUGGAGGAGUUGUAAGACAUCAUUUCCUGGCCCUGUGCCAUGUGUAACACUGCAUCUUAUCACCCACUUCCAACCAUUGACACCUGUCAAAGUGCUGCAUAGCUAUCCACCACACACAAGCCUCCCAGCAGAGGCACAGCACUUCACAACUACACAGGACAUCAAUGUGGAUAGAAUGUGUUAUGGUAUGGAAGCCCUUCUGGUACAUUAAGCAUGCAUGUUUAACAUCCUGUUGUACUGUACAAGUAAGGGGAGCCCAUAGGGCUCUGAACAAAAGUAGUGCACGUAGGGAAUAUGGUGCCAUUUGGGACACAUCUUAAAUGUCAUAGGAAAGCAGGGGAUUAUGAAUUACUGGUCUGAACAAUAGGCACUGUUUUGAACAUGUUUAGAAAAGACAUCCAGCUAAAACAAAAAUUAAAGAAUGCAACAGUAAUUCAUAGGAUGGAUAGUUAUUUUUCUUGAUGUAAUUCAUAGGGCGGAUGUAUACUUUAAAGUCAUUGUUAUUAUGCAUAUUUCUGUUGUAUGUGUUCAGUGUGAUUUCUCAUCUACAGGUUUGGAACAUGUCCCUUUGUAGUUACUCACUGCUUUCAUUGCUAUAGUAUUAUGAUCAUAAUAACAAGGAUUUGGAAUUAUCUGAAUAGGUUUUGAAAAUGUUGCUCAUUUUACAAAAGACGCUCAACUUGUUGAUUUGUACACAUGUUGCAGUCUCCUCUGAACUACUGUACCUAAAACACUGUUGGCACAUAGUUUGUUAUAUGCAAUUUCAUAUACAACAAUAUGCGUCCCAAAUGAUACCCUAUUCCCAAUAGUGCGCUACUUUUGAAUAGGGCACUUUAAAGGUAAUAGGGUUCCAUUUGGGACACAAAACAUACAGUGUUGAGCUGAAGAGUGUUUAUGCUACAUGACUGGAUUCAUGUACCAUUUUUGUCGCUCUCAUCAUGAAGGAUUACAUAAGAGCUGAAGUUACGUUGUACGUGAAACCUACAUUGCUAUUCAGAUUGGCUAUACUCUAGUGAUCAAUCGAAUGUUAAUCGUUAUACAACCCAGCUGGCUAUAGAACAGAUUAGUGAGUGAGCUUUACAUUUUGAAUAUGAUUGUUUUUUAAUUGUUAGUUGUUGAAUUCUCCUCCCCUGUACUAAUGUGAGCAAGAGUGGUACAAAAAAUGGAAGCAAGUGUGCUGUUGUAAUGCUAAACAGUGGCUGAUGUUGCAUUAAGAGCAUUUGUCUGUAAAAUACAAUACAUCUUAACAA